UUCAACAACCAUUCCUGUGCGCUCACCCUCCACGCCCCCUCCCUUCCCUCCCCGCACGCGGUUAUCGUACCUUUCUGUUUAUCUUUUGAUCGGAGGGUUCUUCAUAUCGUCAGUAUGCUGGCACGUACUGUCCUGCGCAGCGUGCCCUUCCGGGGCCUCGCCCGUCAGUCUUUGAGCAAGACCUCCUCGCGUGCGUCUUCCUCGGCUGCCGGUGCCGAAGCCGCCAGCUCCCCCUUCCACCUCACACUCACUGCAUCGGUCGCUACCGCCAUCGCCCUCGGAUCCGCUACGUAUCUUUAUGGAAAGGAAGCCUUUGCGAUGACACCUGCUGAGGAGGGGUUGCACGCUACUCAGUACCCUUGGGAGCACGCCAAGUGGAACAAGACCUUUGAUCACGCCGCUCUCCGCCGUGGUUUCCAGGUCUACCGUGAAGUCUGCGCCAGCUGCCACUCCCUCACCCGCGUUCCCUGGCGUUCAUUCGUCGGUGUUACACACACCGUCGAUGAAAUGAAGGCUUUUGCCGAAGAGAACGAGUACGACACCGAGCCCAACGACCAGGGUGAGAUCGAGAAGCGCCCCGGAAAGCUGUCCGACUACAUCCCCCCUCCUUACAAGAACGAGGAGGCUGCUCGCUUUGCGAACGGUGGUGCUUUGCCCCCAGACCUCAGCUUGAUUGUCAAGGGUCGUCACGGUGGCUGCAACUACAUCUUCAGUCUGCUGACUGGUUACCCUGAUGAGCCUCCAGCUGGUGCUACCGUUCAGGAGGGCAUGAACUUCAACCCCUACUUCCCCGGCACUGCUAUUGCCAUGGCUCGUGUCCUUUUUGAUGGUGUUGUUGAAUACGAGGAUGGCACCCCCGCUACCACUUCCCAGAUGGCCAAGGACGUUGUUGAGUUCCUCAACUGGGCUGCCGAGCCCGAGAUGGACGACCGCAAGAAGAUGGGAUUCAAGGCCAUCACUCUCCUUACCGGUCUUUUCGCUCUUAGCGUCUGGGUCAAGCGCUACAAGUGGUCUCCCAUCAAGACACGAAAGAUCGUGUACAGCCCUCCCGUUCCCCGGCGCUAGAAGGUUACAAAUGGACUGUAUAAAGUAUGAAAAGUGAGGGAUCUAGCGACGAAUAGCGAGUGUGAUUAAUACGAGCGGUCAGUCUCGUUACCCAUGUCGUUCAUGUAUCUUUCACUUGGUCUUUCCUGCCGAUGGCCUUCUGUUUUGUUAGAUGUUUCUCCAGAGACCUGUAUCUGUAUCUUAGAUAUUUAUUUCCCGUCAAAACCUGUGUGAAGAACCAAUGUCACUAUUUCCUUUGUUUGUUAGAU